AUGGAAUGUCUCAUCGGAAUCCAGUUCAAGGACUUUGUCCUGCUUGCAGCUGACCGAAUCAGCGUCCACAGUAUCCUCGUGGUGAAGCACGACGUGAACAAGAUCAAGCGUCUGAGCGACAACUUGGCGAUGGCAGUCAUUGGUGAGCCCGGUGAUUCGAUCCAGUUUGCCGAGUAUAUCAGCAAGAACAUUCAGCUGUACAAGAUGCGAAACGGCUACGAGUUGUCGCCUUUGGCUGCGGCCACCUAUGUUCAGCGAAACUUGGCCAACUACUUGCGCUCACGAACUCCUUACCACGUCAAUAUGCUUGUUGCCGGCUAUGACACUCAGACCAAUGAGCCUGAACUCCACUAUCUGGACUACUUGGCUACUAGCCACAAAGUGCCCUUCGGAAUGCACGGCUACGGCGCCAUGUUUGCCACCGGUAUAAUGGAUCGCAUCUACAAGGCUGACAGUACCCUGGAUGAAGCUCUCGAGAUGUUGCGCAAGUGCGUUGCCGAGAUCCAGAAGCGUCUUGUUGUCAGUCUGCCAUCAUUCAAAGUGAGCAUCAUUGACAAGAAUGGAAUUCGCGACUUGCAGGACAUCGUUGUGGACCCAGUCAACAUGGGCAUUACAGCGCAGUCAGGCAGUGCGCCACAAGCCGUCCCGAUGGUCCACUAA